UGUCUUAUCGGACGUUCUACCGAGAGUUCGUAAUAGUGAUAAUAAAAAUGAUUAAAUAUUACAUAUUUGUUUUGUUAAUGGGUUUUGCAUAUCCAACAUCUUGUAGUUCUGUUAUAGACACUUCUCCAAAAAUAAUAAUUGACAACGACGCAGGCGGUGACGAUGCGUUGGCAAUAUUUUUGGCUCUUCUAUACGAAAAACACUUUCAUGGGCCUAAACUAAUUGGUUUAUCAACCGGAAACGGUAACACAAAUGAAAACAACGUCUGUACAAACAAUCAGCGAAUACUAAAAGUCGCUAAAAGACAGGACGUUCCUAUAUACAGAGGUGCAAAAUCUUCACUGGUGACGACGCCUGAUGCUGGGGAUUAUUACGGAAAAGAUGGUUUAGGUGAUAUUGGCGAAGUAUUAUCAGAUCUUAUACCUGCUAAGGAGCAAGAUGCAACGUCAGCGCUCAUUGAAUUAUCCAAAACUUAUGAAGGUCACCUAACAGUGAUUACAAUAGGCGCACUAACCAACGUUGCAUUGGCUAUUAAAUUGGACCCCAACUUCCUUAACCGAUUAUCACAUUUGUACAUUGGUGCUGGACACAUACAUAGUGAAGACAUAUCAAAUGCAGAGUUCAAUGCACACAUGGACGUUGAAGCCUAUCACAUUAUCGCUCAAAGCGCAACACCGGAUAAAGUGACUAUAUUCCCGUUCUCCCAAACCAAACGCUUUUUAAAUUUUUCCAAGACUUGGAGAGAAGAAGUAUUAGGAGCAAUCAAUACAGAUAUCAUGAGAGCACAAAAUUUGUAUGAAAAAAUAUCUUUGAAAACAGAUGAUAGGUGGCAGGCCCUCGACCCUGCAACCGUAGCUUUAGCCGUUAAGCCUGAUUUAGUUGACGAAUACAAGUUCUCUAAAAACGACAUAAUAUUAUGUGGCGAUAAAAGAGGUGUGACUACAAAUACGUUCGUGGAAAAAGAAAAGGCUAAUGUCAGAAUAGUUUAUUCAGUGAGAACUGAAGAAUAUAGAAAAUUUUUACUAGAUAUAUUUGCACUAGAUUAAUUUCAUUUCUACCACAACAUUACUAAAAAAUGAUGUUUAUGGGCUCAAACCCAAGCAAGCACCAAUGAAUUUUCAUUUUAAUAAUUAUUAUUCACCUAGAACUCCGCGGAGAAGAAAUUCGUCAGGAAACAUGCAUGAGUCGAAUGAAAAUGUAUACUUUACUUAUCAAGAUAAGCCUCGAAUAUUAAACGCCUUUAAAUAAACUUUGUGAUGUUACAGUUUUAAUAUUUA